AUGAGAGGCUCCGGGGCCACGCUGCUGCUGCUGCUGACUCAAUCUUUUAAUGUUUGCCUCUGCACACCCUCCUGGACCGUGGACCUGCCCCCCUCAGUAAAGGCUCUGGUGGGCUCGUGCGUGGUCAUCCCCUGCUCUUUUGACUUCCCUCCUCCAGAUAAAGAAGUCUCACAGUUCACAGGGAUCUGGACGGACAGCACCAGCCACGUCAUAUACCAUCCUGAAACCAGGAAGUCCCUGGUUCAGUACCAGAACAGAACUGACCUGCUGGGAGACCUCCGCCAUAAAGACUGCUCGCUGAAGAUUGACCCAGUGCAGACGCGUGACAAAGGGCCGUACCGCUUCAGGAUAGAGAUUGCACAAUAUACUAGUUAUUCAUUCAGAGAAAAGACUGUCUCCAUUUCAACCUCCAUUGAGCCUGAGCCUGUGAAGUUCUCUGUGAAAGGGGAAGUGCUGGAGGCUGAGUCAGUGUCAGCCCAGUGCUCUGUCUCCCACUCCUGCCCUCUGUAUCCUCCACUUGUCACAUGGACUCACUCUGGACAUGUGCAGCUCCAGCAUCAGCAAACAGGGGGCGCCACAUGGACCACCACAUCCACAGUCAGGUUCCAGCUGCGGCGCACUGACCACCACAAGCCUCUGCGCUGCACGGUCACUCACAGAGGGGGCCAGCAACAUAGCGCAGGCACCGUGCUGGAAGUCAAGUGCAGGAAUGUGCGGUGCAUCUGUAUCGCUGAGUCCAACCCUCCAUGUGAAGUCCACCUGCUACAGUCUGACCGGGUCCUGUCCCAGACCAGGACUGAGACCUCCGGCCUGAUCACUGUCCUGACUCUGGAGACUGAGAUGGGACUCUUCACUUCUGUCAGCUGCUUUGCCAAUAACUCAGUGGGCCACAUGGAUCUGCUUUUGUCUUUACCGCUACGUUGGGUGGACCACAAUCAGGCAGAAGAAGCAUAA